ACAAACUAAGAUAUUCGACAUCUUUUUUAAAAAACAAAGCAACUAAAAGUCGGCACCAGUUCAACGUGUAAAGUUUCCGCCGGUAAACCGGAGAAGUUGUUCCUCAUUCCGGUCCCACCGGAGGACGAGCGGCUGCGUUAUCCCGUCCGUCGGAUCUACUUUCUCUCGGAUGGAUCCGCUCAUGUGGAGCUCAUGGCGGUGCUGCGGCCCUUCUCUCUCUCCGCCAUCUUGAAUUUUAAUGUUUCAAACUCUAGACCCCAGUCUUCCCCACUCGAGAGUGUUUCUUCAUCUCGUAGACUAAAUGCAACUGGACCAGGGGGCUUGUGGGCAUGAAGUGGCUGGGCGAAUCCAAGAACAUGGUAUUGAAUGGCAGACGACACGGAAACAAGUUGACCAGCGAACAACCUGUGAGCCAGACUCGCUCUCAGCACUCACAGCGGGCGUCCUUGCGCCACAACAGAAACAGAAACAGAAGAUGUAGCCGCAGGUUUAGUGCAGCCAGUCUGGAAGCAGAGAAACGCUAUGUGCCCUCCUCAGGAAUGACGGCCAAGGAGUUGUGUGAGAAUGAUGACCUGACCACGGGCCUCAUCCUGGAUCAAUAUCUGGGCUUUCAAACUCACAAAAUGAACACCAGAUUUCGACCAAUUAAGGGAAGACAAGAGGAGCUGAAGGAGAUCAUCGAGCGCUUCAAGAAACACGACAACUUGGAGAAAGCUUUCAGAGCUUUGACAACCGGAGACUGGUCCCGAAAUCUUUUUGUCCACAAGACGAAAGCUCAAGAAAAGCUCUUCAAGCAACAUGUUUUUGUGUAUCUGCGGAUGUUUGCCACAGACAGCGGGUUUGAGAUUCUCCCUUGUAAUCGCUAUUCAUCGGAGCAAAAUGGAGCUAAAAUUGUGGCAACAAAGGAAUGGAAACGGAAUGAUAAGAUCGAGUACCUGGUUGGAUGCAUCGCUGAGCUUUCAGAGAGCGAGGAAAACAUGCUGCUCCGGCACGGCGAGAAUGACUUCAGCGUCAUGUACUCAACCCGCAAGAACUGUGCGCAGCUCUGGCUGGGACCAGCUGCGUUCAUCAAUCACGAUUGUCGACCAAACUGCAAGUUUGUAUCGACAGGACGGGACACGGCCUGUGUGAAGGUGCUGAGGGACAUUGAACCAGGAGAGGAAAUCUCAUGUUACUACGGAGACGGGUUUUUUGGGGAAAACAAUGAAUUUUGUGAAUGCUAUACAUGUGAACGACGGGGCACGGGUGCUUUCAAAUCCAAAGCUGGGCUGCCAGUGGAAGUGCCGGUGAUCAACAGCAAGUACGGGUUGCGGGAGACGGACAAGCGUCUCAACAGGCUGAAGAAGCUGGGGGAAGGAAACCGGAGCUCAGAUAGUCACUCUGUAGGCUCCCACACCGACGGUGACUCUCAGGAAAUGCCAAAAACACAUCAAUCUGCCAGAAAACGAACAUCAUCUUCUGGCCUGAAGUAUAAAAACAGGACUCAAUCCAGACAGACUUUGUCAAGAGCCCUUACUACCUCAUGUUCAAAACAAGGUCGUGUAAACAAUAACAGGGUACCAAAGAGACUAAAAUCCCAAUCCAAGCCUUCACUAAGUAAAGUCCAGUUGCGGAGUCGCAGGAGGGGUGCAGAGCCCAAGGCGUUGGCCAAAGGAGAGACUUGCCAGCUGGGUCUCAGGGACUCAAAGGUGUCGCUCUGUAAAGGCGUCACCGUGAAGAAGGAGAAGGAUGGACAGGAGCUGGUGCAGCAGGCGUUGGGCCAGCGGGGCUGCCUCACCCGUCACGCUGCCAAGGAAAACGGCAAUCUACCACACGUGCAAGGCAGCGAGGGCAGCCAGUGUUCCACGUACAGGACUCGCAGGUCCACAAGGACCCUUGUAAAAGCCCAGGAAACAACAGCAGCCGGCGUUAAGCUGGAGCCCAGCGCUAUGGACGGCUUGAGCCCAGUCCCUGGUGGAGUGGUCAUUAAGACGGAACCCGCCGACAUGGAGGAGUACCUCCGCCACGGCGUCGGACUGGAGCAGCCGGCUUUAGACGCCGGCUAUUCCAGAAGAAGCUCGUGCAGCAGGCGGAAACGGCCGACACGGCUCAGGACCGAGCGGACGAUUAAAUGCGAGGACUCGUACGGCGAGCCGUUCAUGCCGGUGGCUGCUGGCCACGCUGCCAACUUCUCAGACUGUGGUAACGUGCUGCUGAGCUUCGCCGACCGGCACAGGGACUACAACGGGGUUUCCAAUGGCAGCAAGUCCCUCCGCAGGGAAAAGAGUAAGAGUAGCUGCCGGUCACAGGACAAGGGGAAGAAGAAGCGUCAGAUCACGCGAUACGACGCUCAGCUGAUCCUGGAGAACAACACGGGCAUCCCCAAACUGACGCUCCGCCGGCGGAGGGACAGCAGCAGUAGCAAGACCAAUGACGCCAACGACCCCAUUGGCUCCUCCAACCUUUCUGCCUCUACGGUCAACUCGGCCUCUUCCAGCAAAAUCAGCAUCAAGUUCAGCAAGGACCACGACAAGGACAAAGGCAGCUCGUACAUCGCCAAACUGAAUAACGGCUAUGCUCCCGUGGUCCACAGCAACUCUACCAAGCUGAAGAUCCAGCUGAAGAGAGAGGACGACGCACGCAGAAUAUCCCAGACAAAGGCGGACCAGAUGUCCUAUAAUGGGGACAUGGGCCAGAGUCUGGAGGCCAGGAAUGGUGGACAUCGGACCCAAAAGGUGCUGGCGGAGCCGUCGUCUGACGAGGACGACGACGACGACGAGGACGAGGACGAUGAGGAGGAGGAGGAGGAUGACGACGAUGACUACUUUGACAAUGAGUUCGAUGACGAUUUCAUUCCUCUUCCUCCAGCAAAGCGCCUCCGACUCAUUGUGGGCAAAGACUCCAUAGACAUCGAUAUCUCCUCCAGGAGGAGAGAGGAUCAGUCUCUGAGGCUCAAUGCAUAAGCUGUGUGGAGCUCAUCACUCCCACCUCCACCUGUAAAUAAAGAUGACUCGCUAAUCAACUGUUGUGUUGAUGUAAAAGAAGUACAGUAAUUUAAAAACAAAAAGAAUUGCUGAAAAAUUAAGAAUGAACGUUACUAAAAGGUGUUGACCUAAAACAAAUCUGUUCUUCACUUAUGUUCUUAUAAAAACAAAUUAAGUUUACUCACUUAGUCCAUUUCUCUGGCACUUAAUCUGCACACUAUGCUAACUGUAAACUGCAGGAAUUUGCCAAUUUAUCUCUUCAUAGUUUCUGAAUAAUCUGACUGGAUAUUAAGUGAAAAACGAGAAUUUGUUUUAAGUUCAACUCUUCCUUUAAGUGAAUGCACUUGUUAUAUUCAUAAUGGACAUGGAUAUUGUAGAAAGUGUACAGUAUGGUGACUAUCCCCUCUGUCUCAUAGGCAGGUUUUUAUUGAACUUUUGAUUUCUGUCUCAUAGUUUGUAACUUUUGUGUGGCGAAAACCCGCGCUGAACGCACAGCGUGGUGUGGUUGGUCCAGAGGCAUUAUAAAAGAUCAGUCAGUCGGUUCAUUUGGAUUCAGGGUGCCAUGUUGUCAUUAUCCCAGUUAGUUCUCCUGCUAAACAACCACUUGAAUCUCAUUCAUUACCAACAUUAUUUACUGUGUAAGUUAAAUCAUGUGUCUCUCUGUAGAGUUCAAUCAUGUUAAACCUUUAUGACUCAACAUAGAAAGAGCAGACAGUUUUAUGUAUUAUAUGUUAUGUAUUUAAAGGGGCUCUAUGGAAGAAUCACAAACAGCUUGUUAACAGUGACACCUGCGGCCGUUAAGUCAACGACAGUCAGCAACAUCGUUAGCAACAUUAGCAGCUAAAACAACAAUAUCUCUUUAGAUUUAAAGCUUGGCAGUGAUGUUAGCUUACCAAACAAACGUCCCUUCAUGAAUCAAAGGCCCGGUUGAUGUUGAGCCUAGUUUUCGCCCCGACGUGGGUAACAUUCCAUAACGUUUUGCAAGAUGGCUUCACUUUUGUGCUUCUGUGGAGUUUAUGUUGGAGUCUGAAGGCGUUUUCAUAUUAGGUACGAUUGCUCCGUACCGUGCCCGAGUACGAUUGUCUCUCCACAUUCCCCCCCUGCUCAGCUUUCACAUUAGUAAAGUUGUUCCAUACCCGAGUACACUUGCGUCAUCAUCCACAUGUAUUUUUAUAUGUUGAAAUCAGCUGUUUUAGCGGCGGAGCAUCGUAAAACACUUCAUAGAAACUUGAGAGAAACAAAAUAAAACUCAACGAAACCGUCGUCGUUACUCUUCCCAACUGUCACCAACUCUGUUUGGCCAAAAAAAAUCUCUUAUUUCACCAAGUUUGAUGUGAAAAUAUGCCGACUCUACACUGUUAACCUCUGCUGAGCAGCUCUCGUUCUAAGGAGGCAGACCAUUAAAUCAGCUAAAUAAAAUAACAAACAUCGCUCAACCCCAUCGCAUACUAUUGUCUAUAUUUUAAGGAACCUCUCGCCGGCUUUCCUGCUUUAUCAUCCACGGCCGUGCAGUUCAGAGGAUUAGAUCGGCACAUGCUGUGCGCAGAUUUCGGAGGAGACCGGUGGCGUUGAAAAAAUCCUGUCCUUUCAAAACUACUCGCUGACUGCUAACGUUACUCACGAUAACUACCAGUCCACUUCCGUGUUUUGAUACAGUUGGCUUCCACACCUGAUGCGAGUACACAUGAACCGUUCUCCAGACCACCUUUUCACUUGAGUACGGAUCGACGAACCGUGCCCGAGUACGAUUCGGAGCGUUUGGCUGGUCGUUUUUUUGGCAUUAGCGGACUCCAUUUCUAACUGAACAUUAGCUCUGGUUGCACACUGUUAGCCCUGUAAGUGGAGCUGAAAAUAAAGGCACUUGUGAGCGCAUAAUGACAUCACAUCCGAUGCCGCAUUUUUAAUAUUAAAAGCAGUCUACAGGCUGAUGGAGGAAACCCAGAAAGUUGCUGACGGUCUCAUUUUUUAGGUUACAACCUGUUCACACAUUGGCAAUAAAAAACUGUUUAUACGUGUAAAAACUUCCAUACAGCCCCUUUAACAUGCACCAAAAGUUAAUGUGCUGCAGACCACUGACACAAUAAUCUUUUAAGUUUUCAUACUGAAACGUAACAAUAUGCAUGUGUGGAACUACAGUGUGUGUUUAGUUUGCCUGCAGUCGUCACACAUUUUAAUGGAGUUGCACAAUGUUUGUUUGUUUUUUCUCUCCAGAGCGCUGUAAAUAAAUUACGUUAAUUAAGCUGCAGAGUUCCAAGAAAUAAAAGCACACAAAGGUUUUUAUAAUCAGUCCAGAACAAUAAGUGUUGGAGCUGCUGUAUAAUGGUAACAUGGCACAACGUGGUAGUUCAACGUUAAAUCAAACCAAAUCCAUACAUUAAAAACUACCUAAAUCUGUAAUCAUGAAAAGUAAUGUACAGAAAGACUCGCGUCCCUCAGCUCAACAUUCUUUUUCCACUUUUUAUUUACCUAAUCAGAUUUUUUUUGUAACAUCGACACUAGAGUUUGGGGAGUAAACAUCACGUUGUCUGAAACUAGCGUAGAGUCGUGUAUUAUUUUCUCUAUGGUGCUACUUUUAUUUCCUCACCAUCUUUGUUUGUCCUGUGUAACUCUUUAACUGGUGGAUGGUGGCAGCAUUAACGUCAACAGGCCCAAGAAUUCUGUAGAAAUACAUGUUUUUUUUACAUCAGUAAUACACGUUUUAUGAGUUGUGUCUGUAGCUUAUUUAAGUUGUUUUAUUUACAGGUGCUUGUUUUUUUUAGUUUGUAAAAAAAAUCACAUAGAAAAACUGUCUAUCCAACAGCAUUAGGUGCCUUAACAAAGAGCUUUCCGACACAUUUAGACCAAAUUUCUAACUAAUCAAUGAAGAGUGACGAUGCUGAGCCAUCUGCUGCCCCGUGAAAAACACUUCAACACAAGUCAGUCCUUCUGUAUAUUAUUUAAUUUUUGUUUUGUGUGGAUUAUAAAUGAACUGUCCAAUAGAAUCAAGGGAUCAACUGAGAUUGAAUGUUAACCCCACUUCUCCUUGUGUUUAAAAUAUGUACUGUUCAUAUCACCAGCAGCUAAUCACCGUUCUCAACCUGGCUCAGUCUGUCCUUCCCCCGUCGUCGGACGUCUCCCAUCCUACACUGUAAACUGUUCCAGGUGUACCGUCUGUGUGGUCUUUGUCCAAUAGACAGCUGUCAAGAUUUCCAAUUGAUUCAAAAAGUUAAAAAGAAAAAAAAAAAAAAGAGCAAAACAAAUGUGAAUAGUUUGCGGACAUUUUAGCGUGUUGCGUGGGUAGUGGGAAAAACGUAAAGAGAAUUAAAAAUGGACAGUGCAUAUAUUGUCCGAUAUGUAAAUCAUGUGAACACAUCUUGUACUUAUUUAACAGUUUUGAAUACUUGAAAACUAUAUAAAGUUUCUUUGUGACUCUU